AUGAUGCAAGCCAAGAAGGUCAAGUACGAAGUCAUCGGACUGAUCGAGACGAGACGACGUCACCCUCUCAACGCCGUACAUGAAACUGGAGAAGAACUGUUCUUAGGAUCAUGCGAAAGUAGAGGUGUUGGUGGAGUUGGCGUCCUCGUCAACACGAGUAUGGCAAAGAACAUCGACUCUUUUGAACAACUUACGACCCGAAUCGGACGUCUGCGGAUGAGAAGAUGUGGCCCAACACCAGCUUUGACUAUCUUCGUCGCUUACGCUCCAACAUCAAGCUACGAAGAAGAAGAAGUCAAAGCUUUCUAUAUGGACCUGGAGAAGUUCUACCGAGAAGAUCAUGCCUUCUACAAAGUCAUAAUUGGCGAUUUCAACGCCAAAAAGCCCUCCUCUCUACGCUGGACGUGGGAGUCACCCGGUGGAGGGUACCGUAAUGAAAUAGACCAUAUCAUUGUCAAUAAAAGGUUCUGCCUGAAGGAUGUCGCUGUUGUACCAAAGUUCUAUACGGGAUCGGACCAUUGCCUCCUCCGAGGAAGAUUUUCCUUCACAAGGAGAGCAGAGAAAGCCGCUAAGUUCAGAGAGAGAAAUCCCAGGACUAUCAUCAACUGGGAUCUCUUCGCUACGCUAGCCGGCUUUUGGGAAGAUUCCGCAAUGGACAACAUUGACGAGGAAUAUGACCGGCUUGUUAAACAUCUUCACGACUGCGCGAAGAAGGCUGAGAGUUUUAAAACCACCAAGAGACGCCUGUCUCUUGAAACUUUUGAGCUGAUACGCCAGAGUGGAGCAGCACGACCCGCAGGGAACCAAGAACUCAUGUCCGAGCUCGCAAGGCUUUGCAGAGAGGCGAUAAAGGAAGACACUUAA